AUGCAGGAAAAGUACGGCAAGUCCUUCGAAGACCUGUCCGGCCCGGAGCGCAAGUCUGUCGGGGGAAGAGUCGGCCAGGCUCUGCGCAAGGAGAAGUCCGGCGCCGAGGGCGAGGAGGAGGAGGCGCCGACCCUCGCCGCCAAGGCUGGCGGCCACACCGGCGGCCGCGCCGGCGGGCACGGGAGCGGCAAGGGGCACCCGCCCGGGGAGGAGCCGCACCACGACCGCAUGGAGGAGCUGGCACAGGAGAAGUAUGGCAAGCACUACGACCAGCUGAGCACUCACGAGAAGCGCUCUGUGGCCGGCAGCUUGGGGCACGAGGCGCGCGCCGGCUGA